GUCGUGCAGAAUGCAGCUAUGUCUAAAGGUCUAACUAACGACCUGUAGUUUAUUUUACUUAAAAAUAUAAAUAUCCAUGGCAAUGGUGUAAGACAUGGGAAUGUUUUUACUACGACGGUGGAUUUCACCUUAAGGUGAGGUGACACCAUGAUCCUGGUUCUCUGCACCAGCUGAAAACUGACGUGUUUGACAACAAAACUGCUGUCACUAUGGGGACAACAACAAGCGAGCCAUGUAUCUACGACAAACUGUCUGAGAGCAUCGACAUCCUCCGCCAGUCGGGUUACCGGUAUGGCAUGUCAGAGAGAGAAAUUGAGAGAUUCAUCAAGCAGGUCCUGGAGACCAACGAGCCAAGAAGAGAGCCUCCACAGUUCCCCAUUCUAAGAGCCACCAUUAAGUUUCUGGUGGCUGUGGGCUUACUGCUGUUGGUGGUGCUGGCCUUCACCUACCCACAGAGCUCCCCCCAGUUGGGACUGGUAAAUUUGGGCUGUUGCAACCGGUCGUCCCCCCUUAGCCAUAUCCGCCUGCUCUCCCUUCCUAUUGCCAAGAAGUACAACCUGCAAGGUUUUCAUGAGUGGUGGAGUGCUGGUUCUCUCCGGCAGAGUCUGGUUAACUGUUCAGGAUGCGCAGAAAUCUCCUCAGUGCUGGAAGUCCCAGAAAGCCUCAGGGGUACUGUGACUCUGCGACGGGGACCUCAGCUGGUUCUGCUGAAGGGCGGGGAGUCUCUCAGUAUCCAGCGGCAGCAGCUGGAGGCGCUCUACUUAGCCCAUUCAGGCUCCAUGUCAAUUCUGCUGGAGGAGGACAAUGGUCUCCAUAGCGACAACCUCGGCCUCCCUCAGGGACCUGCCAACUUCACCCUGCUCUGGAGGUUCAGUUCUGGAACCAGGGAAAAAGUGUUGAGAUGGCUCUUCCCAAAGGCUGAACUCUGCCCCCUGCUGGACAGCGCUGGGACCAUCCUCCAGAGAUGCCUGGUUAUCCACAGCACAAACUCUCAAAGCAAGGGUGUCAGGGUGCUGGGUUGGCUGGUGGUGGGGGAGGGGCUGCCAACAGUGCGAGUUGUGCCUGUUCAGCGAUGCCAGAAACACUGCAGCUCCUUCAACCUUUGGCUGUCACCUGGAGACAUGGUGUAUGCGGACCCCCGGUACUGGCAGAUGGAGCUGUUCCCCGGACGCGGCCAAAACAUCAUUUGUGAUGGCACAACCUUUUAGCCUUCAGAUGGGCAGAGUUCAGGACUUGGUUGUGACACAUAAAGCACCUUUGAAUGUUUGGA